AUGAGUGAUGCAAUUAUUGCAUGGAUUGAGGUAGCUAAAGUAAAAGCAGAGGCCACUUUAGCUAAAGCUGAAAAAUACAAGAGUACAACCGAAGGAGGAGGAAGCCAAAAUCAUGAGUUUUCUCUCACAAAUUGUAUGCAAGUCCUCGAAGGAAUGGAAGAAGUCAGUGAUGAUGCCUACAUGAAAGCAGUUGAGAAAUUUAAGGAUCCAGAUUGGAGAGAGAUUUUUAUUAAUAUGUCUACUAUUAGAAAGAGAGCUUGGAUUCAGAGUAAUCAAAUGGAUGAUUCUAGUUCAUCUUCUGCAGAUAGUGAUUUUGAUGAUUUUUCAGAUUUUUUGAUGCUAAACUUUUUAAGUGAUUACAAUGAAAAGUUUAUCGAGAAAAUCCCUCAAAGAACAUCUUCUUUAUGUGGAGAAGAUUUUGUGAGAGAGUUAUUAGGUGGUCAUGAGAGAACAUGCUAUGAGUUAUUGCGAAUGGAUAAAAAUGUAUUCAUCGAGCUUUGUACUUGUUUAAAACAAAAGGAAUACAUUAAGGACACACGAGAGAUUAAAGUUGAAGAAGCAGUUUCCAUUUUCCUUAUAAUUGUUGGUCAAAAUGUGGGAAUGAGACUUAUAGCUGACCGAUUUCAACAUUCGCUUGAAACUAUUGAUAGGCACUUCCAUUUAACAUUAAAGGCAAUAUGUAAAUUAGGACAGGAUAUCAUUCGACCAACUCAAUCUCUGUUACGUUCUCAUAUUGUCAACUCCUCAAAAUACUACACAUGGUUUCAGAAUUGCAUUGGUGCCAUUGAUGGAACACAUGUGAGUGCAUGUGUCCCUACAGAUAAGCAAAUCAGUUACAGAGGCCGAAAAAAUGUGGUAACACAAAAUGUCUUGUGUGCUUGUAACUUUGAAAUGUUCUUUACUUUUGUAUCUGUUGGUUGGGAGGGCACCGCAAAUGAUUUCAGGGUGUUUAUAGAUGCAAUUACGAAACCUAAAUAUAAGUUUUCAUUGCUAAAGAAGGUGAAUACUAUGUUUUGGAUUCUGGGUUUCCAUGCACAAAAGGUUUUCUCCCACCAUAUCGUGGUGAAAGAUAUCAUUUGCAAGAAUACAAUAGUGGACAUAAUCGACCAUGUGAUGAUGCCACCUUACAAAUUGAGUAGACAACCUUUGAUAGUUAUUGCUUGCUGCACUCUUCAUAAUUUUAUUCGUCAACGCACACAGUAUGAUCAUAUGUUUAGAGAAUGGGAAGAGAAAGAACUUGAGGGUGAAGACAACAUAGAGGAAGCUAACACUAGUGUGUCAAGAUGUGAAGUCAAUUUAUCUGAUGAAUCUACUGCAGCAAUGGCAAGAUGUCGAGAUCGUAUUGCUCAAGUUAUGUGGACAACUUAUAAUAAUAUAAAUUAG